AUAGCUGCGCGUUCGGCACAUGCGCGCCUGUUUUCUCUCGUCUGCCACCGCUACCGCCGGCUGCACCGCCCGGGAAGCCGCCGCCGCCGUCGCUGCCGCGGAAUCAGGAAGUUCAAGAUGGCCGCCACGGAGCCCGCGUCCCUGCGGGAACAGCCAGAGACAGAAGAUGUUGAUAUUUCUGAAAAGAGUGUAAAUGAAGAAAAUGGAGAAGUAUCAGAAGACCAAUCUCAAAAUAAGCACAGUCGUCACAAAAAAAAGAAACAUAAACAUAGAAGUAAACAUAAGAAACAUAAACAUUCCUCAGAAGAAGACAAGGAUAAAAAACAUAAACAUAAGCAUAAACAUAAGAAACACAAAAGAAAAGAGGUUAUUGAUGCUUCUGACAAAGAAGGUAUGUCUCCAGCAAAAAGAACUAAACUUGAUGAUUUAGCUUUGCUAGAAGACUUGGAAAAACAGAGAGCCUUGAUCAAAGCUGAACUUGAUAAUGAGUUAAUGGAAGGAAAGGUCCAAUCUGGGAUGGGGCUAAUAUUACAAGGUUAUGAGUCUGGCUCUGAAGAAGAAGGAGAGAUUCAUGAAAAGGCAAGAAACGGAAAUAGGUCUAGUACUAGAACUUCAGGUACAAAGGGGAAACUUGAAAUUGUGGACACUAAAAAUAGUACAAAAAAACGAAGUAAAAGCAGAUCCAAAGAACGGACUAGACAUAGGUCUGACAAAAAGAAAAGUAAGGGAGGUAUUGAAAUAGUUAAAGAGAAAACAACUAGAAGCAAGUCUAAGGAGAGGAAAAAGUCCAAAAGUCCAUCCAAAAGAAGUAAGUCUCAAGAUCAAGCAAGAAAAUCAAAAUCUCCCACCCUUAGAAGGCGGUCUCAAGAGAAAAUUGGGAAGGCCAGAUCUCCUACAGAUGAUAAGAUUAAAAUAGAAGAUAAAAGUAAAUCAAAAGAUAGAAAAAAAUCUCCAGUUAUGAAUGAAAGUAGAAAUCGUGAUCGGAGCAAAAAGUCCAGAUCUCCAGUUGAUUUGAGAGGUAAAUCCAAAGACAGAAGGUCACGGUCCAAAGAGAGGAAAUCAAAACGGUCUGAAAUUGAUAAAGAAAAGAAGCCAAUUAAAUCUCCCUCUAAGGAUGCUUCUUCUGGAAAGGAAAAUAGGUCACCCAGUAGAAGACCUGGUCGUAGUCCUAAAAGGAGGAGUUUAUCUCCGAAACAACGUGAUAAGUCAAGAAGAAGUAGAACUCCACUUUUAAAUGAUAGGCGAUCUAAGCAGAGCAAGUCACCUUCUCGAACUCUUUCCCCUGGGAGAAGAGCCAAGAGCCGGUCCUUAGAAAGAAAACGAAGAGAACCAGAAAGGAGGCGGCUUUCUUCUCCAAGGACACGACCUCGUGAUGAUAUCCUCAGUAGACAUGAAAGAUCAAAAGAAGCCAGCCCAAUCAAUAGGUGGUCUCCAACCCGAAGGAGAGCAAGCAGAUCUCCCAUUCGGAGGAGAUCUCGUUCCCCGCUCAGACGAAGUAGGUCUCCAAGAAGAAGAAGCAGGUCUCCCCGAAGAAGAGACCGAGGUCGGAGGAGCAGAUCGCACUUGAGGAGGCGGUCUCGAUCACGGGGUGGUCGUAGACGGAGGAGCAGAAGCAAAGUAAAGGAGGAUAAAUUUAAAGGAAGUCUUUCUGAAGGAAUGAAAGUUGAGCAAGAAUCUUCAUCCGAUGAUAACCUUGAAGACUUUGAUGUUGAGGAAGAAGAUGAAGAAGCCCUAAUAGAACAGAGACGAAUACAAAGGCAGGCAAUUGUUCAGAAAUAUAAAUAUCUUGCUGAGGACAGCAAUAUGUCUGUGCCAUCUGAACCAAGCAGUCCCCAGAGCAGUACUCGAACGCGAUCACCUUCUCCAGAUGACAUUCUAGAACGGGUAGCUGCUGAUGUUAAAGAGUAUGAACGGGAAAAUAUGGAUACAUUUGAGGCCUCGGUGAAAGCUAAGCAUAAUCUCAUGACAGUUGAACAAAAUAAUGGUUCAUCUCAGAAGAAGCUUUUGGCACCUGACAUGUUUACAGAAUCUGAUGAUAUGUUUGCUGCGUAUUUCGAUAGUGCGCGUCUUCGGGCUGCUGGCAUUGGAAAAGAUUUCAAAGAGAAUCCUAACCUCAGGGAUAACUGGACUGAUGCAGAAGGCUAUUACCGUGUGAACAUAGGCGAAGUCCUAGAUAAGCGUUACAAUGUGUAUGGCUACACUGGUCAAGGCGUAUUCAGUAAUGUUGUACGCGCAAGAGAUAAUGCAAGGGCCAACCAGGAAGUGGCUGUAAAGAUCAUCAGAAACAAUGAACUUAUGCAAAAAACUGGCUUAAAAGAACUAGAAUUCUUGAAGAAACUUAAUGAUGCUGAUCCUGAUGACAAAUUUCAUUGUCUGCGACUCUUCAGGCACUUUUAUCACAAACAGCAUCUGUGUCUUGUAUUUGAGCCUCUCAGUAUGAAUUUACGAGAGGUGUUAAAAAAAUAUGGUAAGGAUGUUGGUCUUCAUAUUAAAGCUGUAAGAUCCUAUAGUCAGCAGUUGUUCUUGGCAUUGAAACUCCUUAAAAGAUGCAAUAUCCUCCAUGCAGAUAUCAAGCCAGACAAUAUCCUGGUCAAUGAAUCAAAAACUAUUUUAAAGCUCUGUGAUUUUGGGUCAGCGUCUCAUGUUGCAGACAAUGACAUAACGCCCUAUCUUGUCAGUAGAUUUUAUCGGGCUCCUGAAAUCAUUAUAGGUAAAAGCUAUGACUAUGGUAUAGAUAUGUGGUCUGUAGGUUGUACCUUGUAUGAACUCUAUACUGGAAAAAUCUUAUUCCCUGGCAAGACCAAUAACCAUAUGUUGAAGCUCGCCAUGGAUCUCAAAGGAAAGAUGCCAAAUAAGAUGAUUCGGAAAGGUGUAUUCAAAGACCAACAUUUUGAUCAAAAUCUCAACUUCAUGUACAUAGAAGUUGAUAAAGUUACAGAGAGGGAGAAAGUUACUGUCAUGAGCACCAUUAAUCCAACUAAGGACCUGUUGGCUGACCUGAUUGGGUGCCAGCGACUUCCCGAAGACCAGCGUAAAAAAGUUCACCAGCUGAAGGACUUGUUGGACCAGAUCCUAAUGUUGGACCCCGCUAAGCGAAUUAGUAUCAACCAGGCCCUACAGCAUGCCUUCAUCCAGGAAAAAAUUUAAACGAGAUAAAGAAGCUCCAAGGGUUUGAGUAAUUAAAUACAAAGACUGAAGAAAUUUCACAGCAGUUUAUUAAUGUAUAUAAACUUAUAAAUAUUUCUCCAGCAAAUUUGAGGAAGCAUGAUAUAUUUGAUUUAACGCCAAGGGUGAUAUUUCUUUUAGAAAUGUUAGUUAAUCUGUUUUGUGUCUUACGUGAAAUUUCAGAACUGUAGAGCGCUUUUAAUUGCCAAGACUGCACAGAAUUACAGUGCUAAUGUAUAUGGUUGCAGUUCACAUAAAAGACAAAAGCACCUGUUAUAAAAUGCAUAGUAAUACUGGGUGGUUGAUUUGUUUUUAGCAGACUUGGCUUCAUUUUGGUCUUCAGAUAAAAUGGCCAGCAUAAAUGCUGUUUAUAUUCACGUUUUCCUAGGUUGUGUGUGCAGGCCACAGCAGCAUGCCCUUGGUGUAGUCAGUGCCGAAAGGGGUCUGUUCCUUCUUGAGCCUGCCUGCAGGGACGGUCUCCUUUUAAAGCAGGUUGUGUACAGCAUUCAGUACACUGAAGGCAUAAACCUUCCACUCUUGAACAAAGCAGCUGCUUUUUAAAAGCGAGAAAAAGGAAAACGGGGCACAGGCCAUUCACCGACUUCUCCAAGGGGUGUGAUUUGCUGAGACACCAGCUUCACCUUCUUAACAAGGCACCUAAUUACAACAAGCAUGCACAUUUUGGUGCAUUCAAGAAUGGAAAAUCACAAUAGCAGCAUUCUUCUGGUGGGUUGUGCUCCAUUUAAAGACAUGAGAUGAACUACAGCCAGGAAGGUGAUAGGUGAUAAAAUAUGCCAACUAUGAACCUACAGCCCGUCUCUUCAUGGUUUAGACAUAAUAAAAUAAAAUGCAAGGUGAUUUUCAACUUCAGGUAGAGUGAAGCCUUUUAAAGAAGGCAUCACAAGUGCAGCUUUUCUACCUUAAUGAAAUGAGUAGUGAUUUUCCCACCAUUAUUUACCUUAUUUUGGUAAGAACAUGCUGCAUAUUCAAGUCUGCUGAAGCUAUUUCCACUUGAAAUAGUUUUGAUGCUUCUGGGAUUUUCAUGGCUUCAUUUUAUAUAAUUAUUUAUUUAAGUAAUUUAACUCCCGCUAGAAACAGUUCAUCUUAUGCCUUCAAAACUGUUACAUAUUCUUUAGAAAACAAAGUUGCUUGUUACUUGUUCUUUGUGUUUUAGGUGCAGCUCAGUGGAAGAUGAUGACAACCAGAAGACAUGAGCUAAGGGUAAGGGACUGUUCUUCUGAAGAACCUUUCCAUUUAGUGAUCAAGAUAUGGGAGCUGAUCUGUGAAAAUACUCAAUAUAUAUCCUAAUUGUUCAUGGUAUCAUUUGAAUUGUAACUUUCAUUUUAACAGCAAAUGUGCCCAGUCAGCUUACUGAGAAAUGUAAUAAAAUAUGCUUCUUGUUAUCA